AGGUUAAUUUUAAUAUUUUAAUUUGCAGAAAAGUAGUUGGGGAUUUUUUGAUUAACUGUCUUAGUGCCAAAAAUAAAGUUAUGCCUUAUUAUAAACUUUCUUUAGACGGAAAAACAAAUAGAAUAUGGCAAAUUAAUAAAUUUUGUCGAAUUUUGAAAAGAAAAAAGUUUCCAACAAAACCCAUUGAAAUCGUAUUUCAAAUGAUGCUCACAAGAUUCAGAAGAGUUAGAACUUUAGAAACGGUAUACUCCAAGCUGAAAAUAACGCAAAUACUGGAUGAGGUCAUCAGGAACGACUACUUCGGUACUACCCAAAAUCGAAAAAGGUUUUACCAUCUUGUGAACAGGAUAACUACUCAGUCUCGUUUCGAGUGUAUUUACAAGUCAAAUCUAUACAAAGGCUAUGAUUUGAAAGUAAUUCCUUGGCUGCAGAAAGAAAAUCUGGAUGAUGAAGAGGCUCGAGUUCUUCUCAUGAAAGCCAACACAUACCUUCUGGAAUACAUCGUUGCACCUCUAAUAAAGCACUUUUACCAUCCACUCAAGUCAUUCAAAGACUAUGAGGUGAAAUUUAUUGAAAGAAAAAAAUGGCACUCAUUUCAACAGAAAAAUCUUCACCAUCUUUUGACAUCAAGACAUUUAUUACCUGUAAAAAAUGUGACAUCCCGAGGGGUAUUGAGAAUAUUCCCAAAAACUGACUGUGAUAGUUUGGAGUUUAGACCACUCAUAUUACCUUUCAAAAGAGAUAUGGCCACAAGACAGAAAUUCAAACGAAUCUCGAGGCAGAUUGAAUGUUUAGCUAGAAGUUUUAGUUCAAUUGGUAGAUCAUCACUGUUUGAUGCUUGGGAAAAAUAUUGCAGAUGGGCUUGUGAUGAUGAUAUUUUCGGAAUAAAAUUGGAUGUGAGAGAUGCUUUUGGAUCUGUCGACAUUGUAAAACUUUGUGAAGUUUUAAAAUGCAGCAGUUUCAAAGUUGGAGAGAAGCAGUUUGUUAUCAAUCAUAUUCAAAACCAAUUUGUUACAUAUAAUAAAAAAAUGUACAAGUGGAAUCAUGGGCUGCUUCAAGGAGAUCAUUUGUCAUCUAGUCUCUGUAACCUUUACAUAAGUGUUUUAGAAAAAGAAAAUUUUCAGGCAUUUUUAAAAGAAGGUAUUUUUUUGCAUAGAAUCGUGGAUGACUAUAUGUUCUGCUCCUCUGAAGAACAUGAUGUAUAUGCAUUUGAGAAAAAGUGUAAAGAGAUAUUCCAGCUUAAUGAAUCGAAAACUGAAAAAGCAGGAUUCACUGGAAAUGCACAAAUACGUUACUAUGGACAAGUAUUUCAUUUGGAAACAAGAAUGGUGGGCAAAUUGUAUAAUUAUCGAACUGGCUUCCCUAUUCGACAUAAGUUCAAACUUUGGAACAUUAAGCGUCCCAUUCCUGAAAAUGCAAAGCAACAAUUCAUACUAAAUACGCUGCAGUUUUCAUAUAACAACCAUUGUUUCAAAAGACUUGACCUGAAUACAAUUUUCAAUACUGAACAACAAGUACUCCUUAACUAUUUCAAAGGAAUGAUAUUUAUAGCUUUUAAAUUCGAUGCUGCAGUAAUGUCCAUUAGAGAAUUUAAAGAAGUGAUAGAAAAUAUGCCAUAUUUGUUAACUGUACUAAAUACUGUUGUUAGCAAUUUCAGCAAUAUUGUGUUUUACAAGAUAAAUCAGUGUAAAGGCAUCAAUUUUAAAGGAUGUAUAACUUUCAAAUUAUUAAAAAAUAUUGGGUACAGAGCUUUCAUUUGUGUUUUGAAAAAAAACAACGAGUUUUAUAAAAUAUUGAUAAAAUCACUGGAGAAGAAAGAUCAUUUUUAUAUGUAUUUGAAUGAAUUUCAAAUUUCCCCAAAAACCUUCAUGGUGCUACCAUCUGUUUUCAGUAGUAUAAAAAUGAAUAGGAAUUCAAGAAUAUAAAUUAUCUUAAUUCAUUUUUCUUCAAUUCAAAUGUUUUAUGUAAAAUAAGAGUUGCCAAUAUUAGUUUUA